AAGCAGUGUGUGGUUACUGGGCUCAGAGCGCCUUCCUAAACCAGCAGAAUAGUCGCAGCGAGAACCUUCGGACCAUGGGGGCGACCUGUGUCUGGAGGCUGGGGCUCUACCCUCUGAUGUGGAGUGUGGCAGCCAUUCUGAGAGAAACUCCUUCCAACCUGGAUGUCAAGAUCCUACAGGUAACAACAGUAGCAGCGGACAAGUUGAAAUGCUUCACGCAGACGCUGGAGGACUUCACCUGCGUGUGGGACGAGCAGGACUGGAGCGACGGCAGGCAGUACCGCUUCUUCUACCAGUACCAGGACGGCGAAUCAAAGAAAGAAUGUCAACUGUCGGUGGAGACACUCGGUGGUAACACCACUCGCCACAUCUGCUCUCUGCCCUUAGUGGAGGUGUCUUUGUUUGCCCCGCUGGACAUCGAUGUGUUGCUGAACACCAGCAUCAUCAUGAGCAAGAGGGACUUGUACAUAAACCACAUGGUGGUGUUGGACCCUCUCACCAAUGUGACAGUACGGCCGACUGGGAAAGCUGGUCAGCUUCAUAUCCGCUGGUCACCACCCCCCUUUAAAUACCUGGGAAACUCCUUGAUGUACGAGGUCAACUUCUCCAUGGUCAGCUCCAGUGUGCAGAAGGUGGAAACGGUCAAAGGGAAGACGGAGUGCACCAUUGUGAAGCUGAAGCCCCAGACGAAGUAUGUGGUCAGGAUCCGGGCAAAGCCAGAUGGAGUGUCCAUGGACGGAUACUGGACGUCCUGGUCCAAGCCAGUGUCUGCCUUCACUGAUUCAGAUCUGGACCCGCUGAUCAUCAGUUUGACCACCGUGCUCAUCCUGAUCACCGCCCUGCUGCUGCUGAUGGUUCUCCUCUCCCACCGCAGGAUGAUAAAAGAAGUCUUCUGGCCACGGAUCCCCUCCCCGGACAACAUGUUUGACGGCCUGUUCACCGUGUACCAGGGAAACUUUCAGGAGUGGCUUGGCCAGAAAACCGUGCAGGUCUGGUGGAACCAGCAGUUCUUCAGCACCGAUGACCCUUCCACGGCCCUGGAGGUGUUGUCCGAGAUCAAGACGUUUCCGCCAUGCUUGGCCUGGGGCAAACGUCACGACAUCUUCCACGAUGAUCGCACCUUCCUGCUGUGUGAGUCUGAAGCCUUCAAGUUGCAGCAUCAGUGGGGACCAAUGGAUGGGAGUAAGACCCCAGACCCCCUGGUGUCAACAGCCAACAGCAGGGCAGCCUAUGUAGUCCUGAACCAGAACCUGGUGCCCAAUGACCACGGGCUUCCUGAGGCCCGUAGCCCCGGUCAGGGCGGCAGCGACGUGUCAGAGGAGGAGAUGCCACUACAGUUGUUGUUCAUGGACCCUGGCAUGAAGUGUCGGAAGGAGCCCAUCCCUGAGGAGGGGGAGGGGAUCUCCCUGCAACUCCCCUCCCUCUCCCGACAGUCCUCGCAGUCCAGCGGAAUUGGCCGGGAGAGUCCAGACUCCUUCGCAACGUUCGACUAUGCCAAGUGUGAUCCCACUGGACGCCUCCUGUACCCCAAUCCCACGGAGGGAGUUUUGGGGAACACAAACCACCCAUAUCUCCUCAUGCUGGACUCGGGAGUCUCUGCCGAUUUCAGCAUCAACUACUUCCCAUCAGACAUCAGUAAGUCAGAUGCUGACAUUUACACCAAUCUCUGUAAAAGAGAAGAUGUCCGUGAGAAUAUCCUUGCCCCAAAUGCCCUCCAUGUCCAGGCCUGAGUGGCAGCAGACCUUGCUAGAGAGAACUAGCCCACAGUGGGGCAGCACAGAGCUGAACUCCACCUAUUGUUGGCCCAGAGGGUGGGCAGGGCACACAGGUGGCCCCACCUGCUACCUGGGGACUCUACAGGUGAAGCGGCCAACUCACCUUGACGUGCAGGGUUGAUAGACCCGUGCAACUCACACAGGGACAGCUGCAACAUUGGGCCACAGAGGGACUUCCUCAAGGAACCAGCAUCUUCCCAAAACAACACCCAGAAAACAGUCUGCUCAGCACGAGUUCAUGCAGUAGGGUGCAGAGGAGGGAGAGAUGGAGACUUAUGGUCCACCAUGGGUGUGGCCGCACAAUCAACCUGACGGUGAGAGAUGGACAAUUAUACCUGCAGGACGGACAUGCCGAGGAGAUGGUGGGACAGGCAGACAAGGCUCCUUUCUGGGGAAACCACAUUCAGGACCAAUCCCAAGGAUGUUGGCAGUGGUUGAGUGACUCAGUGGGAGCCCACAGUGCUAACUCUGCCUUGGUUGCGAGCGCUUGCCUCUCAGUGAGGUCUGAGGGUCAGGGUGAGGUCUCCACACCCUCUCUGGAGAUAGACCAUCCUGAGCGCACUGCACUGUGGGUCACCUGCACUGAGAUGCUCAGCAACAAACAGCACAACCAACUUCUGCCCAACUGGCUCAGCAACAAACAGCACAACCAACUUCUGCAUCCCAGAGCUAAACCUCAUGUUCACAGGGUUAUAGGAGCAGAAUCAGACCAUUCGGCCCAUCGAGUCUACUCCGCCAUUCAAUCAUGGCCGAUCUAUCUCUCCUUCUCAACCCCAUUUUCCCGCCUUCUGGAGAAAACAAGCAAACUGGAGGAACUCAGCAGUCCAAACCUGGGACAGAGACGUGUAAUAUCCAUGUGAGCUCGCCAUCGCUCCACAGAUGGUAACAAAAGGCAUCAACAACAAACCGUCAGCAAGAAACUAUCAUGAAUGAGAGCAGAGUUUUACAAAACUACUGUCAGUCAGUCCAGCAGCAGAUGUUUAGUGAGGGACUGCUCACUCUAUUUAAACAACCUUUUACAUUUGUUAGUCCAAAACCAUUUGGUUCGAAGAGCACAUUACUGUAAAUAUAACUGAUUUAUAGAAGUAUUUUCUUAAAAAACAUAUUUUAUUACGAACUUUAUGAUGUAAAUGUUUUUAUUCAACUAUUACCUGAUCCUUAUUUUGUACAGAUUUGUUUAUAUAAAUAAACCUGAAAUUGAUUUAUUU